AUGUCUGCGACUAUGGUCCAAACAGCUAUCACUCUAAAGCCUUUCGAAGCCGAUGUAAAUCUUGACACUUACGAUGAGGAGCAAGUGAGGUUGAUGGAAGAACGAUGUAUUCUUGUAGAUCCUCAAGAUAAGGCUUAUGGAGAAGGGACGAAGAAAGCAUGUCACCUCAUGUCCAAUAUCUCAUCCGGUCUUCUCCAUAGAGCAUUUUCCGUCUUUCUCUUCCGUCCUUCCGAUGGUCGAUUGCUGCUCCAGCGUCGAGCAGCGGAAAAGAUUACUUUUCCCGAUAUGUGGACGAACACUUGUUGCUCUCAUCCUCUCAGUAUACGUGCGGAGCUUGUAGAGGAGAAUCAGGCAGGUGUACGUGCUGCAGCUAUCAGAAAAUUGCCACAUGAAUUGGGUAUCCCUCCAGAGCAGCUUCAUCCGGACGACUUCACAUUCUUAACUCGGAUUCACUAUUUGGCACCUAGCGAUGGACUCUGGGGGGAGCAUGAAAUCGACUAUAUUCUAUUCUCCGCUUUGGACGUCACUCUUGAUUUGAACUAUAAUGAAGUGUCCGAUGCGACCUAUGUAUCUCGAGAGGAACUCGAGGCAAUGUUCGCAGAUCCUAAAAAUUCUUUCACACCUUGGUUCCGGCUCAUCGCCCGAGACCUCCUGUUCCCAUGGUGGGACGAUAUGCUCGCCAAAUCUCGAUUGCAAGGAUGGGAUCCUGAGAAAGGACUGGGUAAGGUGAACCCACGAGUGUUGGCUGGUGGGGCUAAAGAAAAGGAGAUUGUGAAGAUGAUUUAG